AUGGCGCAUCUUUACGAUCCAAAUCAUGGUGGAGAAUUUCACUUAAUUGGAGCAGCAGUAAAGCAUACGAGUAGGCAAUCAUCCGAAGCCUGUCCGCGUGCGCAUUGUACAAAUGAAGACACUGACGCUUCGAGUAUUUUACUUGCCGCUUGGACUGGUGCAUUUCUACUUGUUGCCUUCAUUAUCCCAUGUUCAAGAUAUCUAUCUCAUAGGGUAACUAAAAUCCCGGCAGUUAGCUUUGCUUUUUGGUUGAUACUUAUUGUUUUAACAUUUAUCUUUCGUGGAUCUGCUAUCUUAAAUACCACUAUUUUCACGAACGCUAUUUUGAGAGGUUACCGUAUCGUCAGCGUGGCUAUAAUUGGUUGCGUAGGUAUGGUUGCAUAUACAAUAUAUUUAUUUACAGAUAAGAGGAAGCUACUUAACGGCCUGAUAAUGGUCAAUCAAUUAAGAGACUGUGAAGAUGAACAUAUUAAAAGUUCUCAGGGUGAUACUAUAUCGGCCACAGCCAAUAACGAAAAGUUAGCACAUGAAAUAGGAAAGCGUUAUCCCCACUUUCACUCUCAUCAGAAUGUUCUAUCAAUUGAGCAUGAACAAACUAACGCAGUAGCAGAAAGAAAUAGUCGUGAAGCUGAUGAAGGCUAUUUGAUCAAUAUCAUUGCAUGGCUAACUAUUCCAUUAGCAGUAGCUGAUAGCGUCUUUAUAUUCCUACCUAUCUUGCUGAACAGUACUGGAUCUUGUAAUUCAACUAGUGUUACAACUACUGCAGCACCGCAUACAGCUGCCCCAGGACAUCAUGAGCGUUCAGUAAAUCAUUCUGAAGUACCUCAUUCUGUACAUCCUACAUCAGCUGAAGUACAUGCAACUACCGCACCUUCUGAUCUAUGUAUCCGAAAUUUGCCGUUAUUUUAUGCUGGUGCCAUUAUAUUUACAGUACAGAAAUUAAUUCAAGGAAAUCUUUAUUCACAUUCUAGCUCUGGUCUUCUAAAUUUUAUUCAUGCAUUUCAUUAA